GGCUGUGGCGUGGACGCGUCUGGAAUCGGUGGGGCCGGCGCAGGGAGGACCGGCCCGGACAGAUCAUGGAUGGCUCCUUCAUCCAGCACAGCGUGAGGGUCCUGCAGGAGCUCAACAAGCAGCGGGAGAAGGGCCAGUACUGCGACGCCACCCUGGCCGUGGGGGACCUGGUGUUCAAGGCCCACUGGAGUGUCCUCGCCUGCUGCAGCCACUUCUUUGAGAGCCUCUAUGGGGUUGGCUCCGGGGGCAGUGUUGUCCUCCCUGCUGGCUUCGCGGAGAUUUUUGGCCUCUUGUUGGACUUUUUCUAUACCGGCCACCUCGCCCUCACGUCAGGGAACCGGGAUCAGGUGCUCCUGGCAGCCAGGGAGCUGUGUGUGCCGGACGCUGUGGAACUGUGCCAGAGCUUCAACCCCAAGACCUCGGCGGGACAGGCACCAAGUGGCCAGAGUGGGCUCGAGACACCUGUCCCCCGGGAUGUGAGCAGCCACCCCAAGGAGCUAGCAGGCAUGGAGCACGAGGAAGCUUCCAGGGCUGUGGGUCAAGUCCCCAGGGAUCCGGAGCCCAGCGGCAGCACCAGCCCCCCGAGGCCCCAGCUUGGGCUCCCUGCUCUGAUCGAGAGCCCAUCCCUGCGUGGGAAACUCAGGCAGGCCCUGAAGCCUUGUCCCCCGGAGGACAAGGAGCCUGAGGAUUGCAAAGCGCCCCCAAGGCCCCUGGAGGCUCAAGGUGGCCAGCUGCAGGGCAGGAGUGAUGAGUGGGAAGUGGUGGUUCAAGUUGAGGAUGACGGGAAUGGCGACUGUGUUUCUGAGACGGAGACUGUGUUGACCAGGAGGAAAUCAAACGUACUCAGAAAGCCCUGCCCUGCCGAGCCAGCCCUGAGCGCAGGCGCCCUGGCAGCCGAGCCCCCUGCGAACAGAAAAGGUCCAGCGGUGCCGGUUGAAUGCCCCACGUGUCAUAAAAAGUUCCUCAGCAAGUAUUACCUGAAAGUCCACAACAGGAAACACACUGGGGAGAAGCCCUUCGAGUGCCCCAAAUGUGGGAAGUGCUACUUCCGGAAGGAGAACCUCCUGGAGCACGAAGCCCGGAAUUGUAUGAACCGCUCAGAGCAGGUCUUCACGUGCUCCGUGUGCCAGGAGACCUUCCGCCGGAGGAUGGAGCUGCGGGUGCACAUGGUGUCCCACACCGGGGAGAUGCCCUACAAGUGCUCCUCCUGCUCCCAGCAGUUCAUGCAGAAGAAGGACUUGCAGAGCCACAUGAUCAAGCUGCACGGAGCUCCCAAGCCCCAUGCUUGUCCCACCUGUGCCAAGUGCUUCCUGUCCCGGACAGAACUGCAGCUGCACGAGGCUUUCAAGCACCGCGGAGAGAAGCUGUUCGUGUGUGAGGAGUGUGGGCACCGGGCCUCGAGCCGAAACGGCCUGCAGAUGCACACCAAAGCCAAGCACAGGAACGAGAGGCCCUACGUCUGUGAGUUCUGCAGCCACGCCUUCACCCAGAAGGCCAAUCUCAACACGCACCUGCGCACGCACACGGGCGAGAAGCCCUUCCAGUGUCACCUCUGUGGCAAGACCUUCCGCACCCAAGCCAGCCUGGACAAGCACAACCGCACCCACACUGGCGAGAGGCCCUUCAGCUGCGAGUUCUGCGAGCAGCGCUUCACCGAGAAGGGGCCCCUGCUGAGGCACGUGGCCAGCCGCCACCAGGAGGGCCGCCCCCACUUCUGCCAGAUCUGCGGGAAGACCUUCAAAGCCGUGGAGCAGCUGCGUGUGCACGUCCGGAGGCACAAGGGCGUGAGGAAGUUCGAGUGCACCAAGUGCGGCUACAAGUUCACCCGGCAGGUAGGCCUGGGCCACCUCCUCCUCCCCCCUCGGGCCUGCCAGCCCAGCCCUGAGCCCCGCUCCCCCCAGGCCCACCUGCGGAGGCACAUGGAGAUCCACGACCGCGUGAAGAACUACAACCCGCGGCAGCGCAAGCUCCGGAACCUGGUCAUCGAGGACGAGAAGGUGGUGGUGGUGGCGCUCCAGCCGCCCGCCGAGCUGGAGGUGGGCUCGGCCGAGGUCAUCAUGGAGUCCCUGGCCCAGGGCGGCCUGGCCCCCCAGCUCCCCGCCCAGAGACUGUGCGCGGAGGAGAGCUUCCCGGGCGUCAUGGAGCCCUCGCUGCUCAUCACGGCGGCCAUUCCCGAGGACUGCGACUCGUAGCCUCCACGCCGCCCGUGGCCCUGCCCCAAUAAACCACGUGGCUCCGCAA